AACAGUUUCCUUUCCCAUCUCAGCUCUGGAUAUAAAGAAAAAACAAGGGCAAAUUGGCUGUGAAAAUGGCGUCGGCGAUUUUGCGAUCUGGUCUUCUUCGAAAUGCUCUUCGCGGCGGCUCCCGGGCCUCUGCUCCUCCUAAGAGACGUUUCUCUUCCUCUGCUCAUCAAGAUGAAGCUUAUGAGGCGGCUGAGGCAUCAAAGUGGGAGAAGAUAACAUAUUUGGGCAUUGCUACAUGCACUAUCUUAGCUUUUUAUAACCUAUCAAAGGGUCAUCCCCACCAUGAAGAGCAUCCUCCAUACCAAUAUUUGCACAUUCGCAAUAAGGAGUUCCCAUGGGGACCAUAUGGGCUUUUUGAGAAGAAGCACCAUUAAGUAAUGGUGACCCAUUGCAUGAAGAUUUCUGAAGUACCCUUUUAGAACAUUCCGUUCUUAUGCCAGCAACUGGACAACCUUGGAUGUUCUAUGAAUUGAUGUUGAUUUUGUGACUUUACGCAUGGCAAGUUGUUUACUUCGUGUUCUAUUUUCUUUAAUCUGUGCACUGCUUGCUGCCAAAUAAAAUCUGAUGAAAGAUCUCUGACUUCUCUUUUCA